AUGGAGGCCAUGUUGCAGCAGUCUCGUGCCAUGUGCCCUUUCUUGAAGCGCACAUCGCCCACUACCCUGCGCACUCUCUCGACCGCUACUCGUCCUAGCACCAGUCCGGGAGGUGGAACUAUGUCCAACCUGCAAACGAUUGCCCGCCGCUGCCCGGUCAUGAGCAAGGCUCUGGCUGUGCAGAGUGCCCGUCUCAAUGGCACCAAGCGUUUCACCUCGUGCGCCGCUGGGGUUACUGGAAUGCCGUCUUUCUGCGUUCCCACCGGCAAGCGGGCAUUGCACACCACCGGAGGUCACCCUGCUAGUCUCGCCUCUGGCGGAUAUGAGAAGAACGAGCGAGGAAACCCUAACUUGGUCAAUCCGCUCCGCUCGUCCCCUGCCGCCCCUGGUGUCGCGGUCCGCGGCCCCCGCCCGGCAGCCCCUACGACCGAGCGGUUCAACUACGACGAAUUCUACAAUGUGGAAUUGGAGAAGAAGCACAAGGACAAGUCCUACCGCUACUUCAACAACAUCAACCGUCUCGCCAAGGAGUUCCCUCGAGCCCACACCGCCUCUGCCGAGGAGCGCGUGACUGUCUGGUGCUCCAAUGACUACCUCGGCAUGGGUCGCAACCCCCACGUCUUGAACUCGAUGCACAAGACUCUGGACACCUAUGGAGCUGGUGCAGGCGGUACCCGCAAUAUCUCGGGUCACAACCAGCACGCGAUCGCGUUGGAGAGCACGCUGGCCAAACUGCAUGACAAGGAGGCCGCAUUGGUCUUCAGUUCCUGCUAUGUGGCUAACGAUGCGACCCUGGCUACUCUGGGUAGUAAGAUGCCCGAUUGUGUCAUCCUCUCUGACAGCCUCAACCAUGCCUCCAUGAUUCAGGGUAUUCGCCACUCUGGCGCGAAGAAGAUGGUCUUCAAGCACAAUGAUAUGGAAGACCUCGAAGCCAAGUUGGCCUCGUUGCCACUUGGAACCCCCAAGAUCAUUGCCUUUGAAUCCGUCUACAGCAUGUGCGGAUCCAUUGCGCCCAUUGAAAAGAUUUGUGAUCUCGCCGAGAAGUACGGUGCCAUCACUUUCCUGGAUGAGGUCCAUGCCGUCGGCAUGUACGGGCCACACGGAGCUGGUGUUGCUGAGCAUCUCGAUUACGAGGCGUACGCUUCGCAGGAUACAGCCACCCCUCAAAGCACCAAGGGCACAGUCCAGGACCGAAUUGACAUCAUCACCGGUACCCUGGGCAAGGCCUACGGUUGUGUCGGUGGAUAUAUCGCAGGCUCGGCAGCCAUGGUGGAUACCAUCCGCUCACUGGCCCCUGGUUUCAUCUUCACCACUUCCCUCCCUCCUGCCACCAUGGCUGGCGCAGACACCGCCAUCCAAUACCAGGCCCAGCAACCCCGGGACCGCGUCCUCCAGCAACUGCACACACGCGCAGUCAAGGCCGCUUUCAAGGAUUUGGACAUCCCUGUCAUCCCCAACCCCUCCCACAUCGUCCCCCUCCUCGUCGGUAGUGCCGAGCUGGCUAAGAAGGCCUCCGACAAGCUCCUCGAGGAGCACGGCAUCUACGUGCAGGCCAUCAACUACCCCACCGUUCCCCGCGGCGAGGAGCGUCUGCGCAUCACCCCGACCCCCGGCCACGUGAAGCACCUCCGCGACCACCUGGUCGGCGCCGUCCAGGCCGUUUGGAACGACCUAGGCCUCAAGCGCACCAGCGACUGGCAGGCCCAGGGCGGGUUUGUCGGCGUUGGCGUUGAAGGCGCCGAGGCCGCUAACCUGCCUAUCUGGGAGGAUGCCCAGCUGGGUCUGCAGGCUGGUGAGACUCUCGAGGCGGCCGUUGCCCGUGAGUUCAAAAAUGCUGCUGCCGAGGCUACCGCCCCGUUGCUGAAGGCUGCUACCCCUCUGGUUGAGAAGGCUCACUCGGGUAUGGAAUCCACCCCUGUCGGUGUGGCUGCUUAG